GGGAAGUGAAAGUGUCCGCCUGCAUAAAUAGGCGGCACACCAGUCCCAGCCCACACACGGCCCCCCAGUUUGGAGCUGUCCACCUCUCCUGAGCUCUACCGUGGCCAUGGCUCAGUCGCUGAUUCUGAGCAUCCUUGUCCUAGUCCUGGCCUUCUGCAUCCCCCAGACCCAAGGCAGUGAUGGAGGAGCACAGGACUGUUGCCUCAAGUACAGCCUAAGGAAGAUUCCCACCCACGUUGUCCGCAGCUACCGGAAGCAGGAACCAAGCCUGGGUUGCCCCAUCCCAGCUAUCCUGUUCUCGCCUCGGAAACGCUCUCAGCCAGAGCUAUGUGCAGACCCUAGAAAGGCCUGGGUGCAGCAGCUGAUGCAGCGUCUGGACAAGCCAUCAGCCCCAUGGAAACCAGCCCAGGACUGUAAGAAGGACAAGGGGGCCCCCAAGUCUGGCAAGAAGGGAAAGAGCUCCAAAGGCUGUAAGAGGACUGAGACCCCAAAACGGCCAUAGCCCAGUGAUGAGCCCGGAGCCCAGGAGGUCCCCACCAGUCUCAUCAGGGCUUGGAGCCCCAGCCCAAGGGACAAGAAGCGGGCUAGGAGAGAGGGAGGACUCAGGGGCCCCAGAGCAGCCACCCCAUGCUGGCCUUGCCUCGCCCCUUCUCCAGCUUCAACCACCCCUCUGCAUACCCACCCUACCCUGCAUGGCUGAGCUGCCCACACCAGGCCAGGCCUAGAGAGGCAGAGAAGGGAAAGUCCCAAAGAAAAUGUGAGAGGUGGCAGCAGGACUGUCCCCUCUGAGGAAAGGUCACCCAGGGCCCUGGACCUGACCGUGCUCCACACUGCACCCACCUCUUCUUUGUAAAUAUGAUUUAUACCUAACUGAAUAAACAGCCAUUCUGGCCUUCUUCCCAA